UCCAGUGUGUCAGUGAGGGUUCCCCGAGCCUCGCAUCCUUAACAGCUGUCUACCGAGAUAACUUCACCUGCUCUACAAACAAAAACAACCUGACCAUGAGCGGAGAUCAUGGACAUGGAGACUCUCAGGUGAAUUCUGGAUCCAAAGGAAGCGACUCCCAUAAACAUAAAGACAAGCACAAAGACAAGGAACAAAGACACAAAGACCACAAGAGAAACAAGGAGAGAGAGAAACUCAAGCACGGCAACAGCGAACAUAAGGACCACUCUGAAAAGAAACACAAAGACAAGGAGAAGCUGAAGCACAGCAACGGCAGCUCAGACAAGCACAGGGAAAAACACAAAGAGAAAGACAAGGAGAAAGAGAAGAGGAGAGAAGAGAAGAUUAAAUCAUCCCAUGUAGACAAGCCUAAAAAGGAGAAAGAAAAUGGAUAUGUGAGAGAUACAAGCCCUGCUGCCAUUAAGAGUGAGCCCGAAGAGGACAAUGGCUUCUACCCUUCUCCCCAACACAACAAGACCUCCAAGCGAGAGCAUGAUGAGGAAGAAUUUGAAUACAAGCCCAAAAAAGUCAAGACAGAACAUGACAAAAAGGCCAAGAAGAGGAAACAUGAGUAUGAAGAAGAGGAGGAGGAGGAAGAAGAGGACAUAAAGCCCAAAAAGAACACAAAAGAUAAAAAGGUAACCGAGGGAAAGAAAGCCAAGAAAGAAGAAGAGGAGAAGUGGAAAUGGUGGGAGGAGGAAAGAUCUACUGAUGGUUCUAAGUGGCGCUUCCUUGAGCACAAGGGUCCAGUGUUUGCAGCUCCGUAUGAACCCAUGCCUGACAAAGUCAAGUUUUACUACGAUGGAAAACCUAUGAAACUUAAUGCACCUGCUGAGGAGGUGGCUACAUUUUUUGCUAAGAUGUUGGAUCAUGAGUACACCACUAAGGAAAUCUUCAGGAAGAACUUUCUUAAGGACUGGAGGAAGGAAAUGACAUCUGAGGAGAAGUCCAAGAUAACCGACCUGAACAAGUGCAAAUUCAGUGAAAUGAGUGAGUUCUUCAAGGCCCAAUCCGAAGCAAGGAAACAGAUGUCAAAACAGGAGAAACUGAAAAUCAAAGAGGAGAAUGAGAGACUCCUCCAGGAGUAUGGUUUCUGUAUCAUGGACAACCACAAAGAGAAGAUCGGAAACUUCCGCAUCGAGCCGCCAGGCCUGUUCCGGGGACGAGGCGAUCAUCCUAAAAUGGGCAGGCUGAAACUACGCAUCAGACCUCAAGACAUAAUUAUUAACUGUAGCAAGGACUCAAAGCACCCUAAACCUCCCCCAGGGACAAAAUGGAAGGAGGUUCGCCAUGACAACAAGGUGACCUGGCUGGCUUCGUGGACGGAGAACAUCCAGAGCUCCAUCAAGUACAUCAUGCUGAAUCCCAGCUCCAGGAUCAAGGGGGAAAAGGACUGGCAGAAAUAUGAGACUGCUCGACGGUUGAAGAAGUGUGUGGGUCGCCUCCGCACCCAGUACAGAGACGACUGGAAGUCAAAAGAGAUGAGGAUCAGGCAGAGAUCCGUGGCACUGUAUUUCAUAGACAAGCUUGCAUUGAGGGCGGGUAACGAAAAGGAGGAAGGUGAGACAGCGGACACAGUAGGCUGCUGCUCGUUGCGGGUCGAGCACAUUAAACUGUACCCCAAGAUGGACGACCAGGAGUACGUGGUAGAGUUUGACUUCUUGGGAAAGGACUCCAUCCGCUACUACAACAAGAUGCCCGUGGAGAAGAGGGUAAGAACUGGAAAUGUAGGAAUGAAUGGAGAGAAGAGUUAACUACUGAAAAAAAAU